UUCACUUUGCAGUACUGUAUGUACACUUGUUUUUUAGCUUUAGCUGCAGGAGUGAGAACAUUGUUCAGACAGUGUGACAGUCAAUAAAGUCAUAAUAAAGAAACAAUUAUUAAAAUAAAGUGGAGAAACUAGCAACUCAGGGCAUCUACAAAAACGUAUUUUCAUCCACAGUGAUAAUACAAUCUCACAGCCAGAUGGUUUGGAUCCUUCUCUUCGUCCUGAUUUCAUCUGAUUGUGGGUUCCGUCAAGCCGGUUCGGAAACGACGGGGCGAGUUCGUAACAAACAGAACUUUACAGGAACGUUUGGAGCAGUCUUGACUUCAAACCUCUACCAGACAGAAGAGCAGAGCAACAUAACCUUCAGAUGGGACAGUCAGAAGAAAACAGACUUGUCUCAGGCAAACCUAAUUUGUGGUUUUGAGUCAAAUUCCCUUAAGAUUAUACAUGAACUGAAAACAGGCGUUGAGUUGUCAGAUUCUCAGCAUCAGCAGUUUUCAGGACGGGUCCAUUUGGACAAAGAUGCUCUGAGACAAGGGCAAAUCAGGCUUCAUGUGUCCACAGUCACAGCUAAUGACUCUGGGAAGUAUAGGUGUGAUUUGGCUGCAAAUUAUGAUGAGAACCAGAAGAAAUGGGAGAUAAUGGCCAUUGUACGGUUUGUCCUGGAUGUUUCCCCGAAAACUAGAAAACAGGAAAUUAGUGGCAGUCCUGCAUCCUCAGUUACUGCAGGUACAAAACAGGACAAACCGCAGCAGAGAGAUGUUUGGAUCAAACUUAUAGUUGUAACAGGAGCAUCCAUCCUAGUUUAUCUGAUCUACAUGUGCUCUGAGAAAAUGGUUUCAGAAACAAAGAAAAAGCGAGAAACAAAGGACUGAAAAAACUUAAAACUUAAAGAAGCAAAUACAAUUUGCAUGCAACAGACUCUUCUUGAUGUGGUGGUGCAGCGGCCGCAUUACUGCAGCCGCUGCACCGAUCCGUCUGUAAAUCUCCUUCCUUCCCUCACUCGUGAACAAGACCCCAAGAUACUUGAACUCCUCCACUUUGGGCAGGAACUCUCCUCCAACCUGGACAGAGCAGCCCACCUUUUUCCAGUCGAGAACCAUGGCCUCAGAUUUGGAGGAACUGAUUCUCAUCCCAGCCGCUUCACACUCAGCUGCAAUAGGCCCCAGUGCACGCUGGAGGUGCUGGCCGGAUGAAGUCAAAAGAACAACAUCAAAAAGCCAGACAAUCUUGUGGUCGUCAAACCAGACACCCUCCGGCCCCUGGCUGCGCCUACCAAGCUCCUGCUCCGGUUGUACAGAGACCAAACAGUCCUUAGCAAAGAGCCUUGGACUCUAUACUCCAGGAAUAGCCCCCACAAGAUGCUACGAGGAACGCGGUCGAAUGCCUUCUCCAAGUCCACAGAACACAUGUUUUGCCAAACCAGACUGGCUUUCUCAAGCACCCUGCUGAGGGUGUAAAGCUGGUUCCACGAACAGAAUGACCUCGCAUCAGGUCAUGAGUGACUCUGGGCUCAGAGGGAGAAAGGACGUGUUCCUCACCACAUGUUAUCCAAUAGUGACCAAUUAAGAGCUAGUCCUCACAUGGGAAAUAUGCAGACUAUGAACUGACGAAAGCAAGCACAGAUUAAAUGUUUUAUCUAAAGGCUGCAUAUUGUAAGACAGAUUCGCUGACUCUUGAUAAAUACCUUUGGAUAAGCUGAAGUUGUCAUCAUGACAUGAUGUGGUUUGUAUAAGAAUAAUAUUACUAUAUAAGAUAACAAUAAACUGCACAAACAAAGCUUUUUUUAAGAACCGUGCCACCCUCUGGACAAGCUGCAUAUUAUUUGAGCAACGCAUCAUGGUGUCAUUUAGUUUGGUACUAUAUGUUGUUAUUUGUUUAUACUGUAGCGGUUCCAGGUCGCAGGGCAUGAUGUGUUAUUGUGUUGAGUUAUGCAGCACCGUGAGGGAAGAAGUUGUUAGUUCAGAUCACCCUCAUGGUGCUGCAAGGGUCUUUGGUGUGUGGGAAAUAAAACUGACCAUCAGAGUACAUGCUCAGGUUGUGGCAAAAGACCAUCAUUCUUCUCUCUCCUUGCUGCUGAGUUGCCAGGGGCCUGCGAUGUGUGGGGCACAGGCACUCUUACUACUGUUAGCGCUCAGAGUAGCCUAGUUACUGUACUGUAGCUGCAGAAGUUAGCUAGGCCAGCGUUUUGAGUGCGCAUGUCAAUUGACCGACCCCGUGGUCGUCACAAUACUACUGUUCCAUUUCUGCAUUUGAUAAACUUGUGAACUUCUAGAACUCUGCAACCACAAAGUCUUUUUGUCUGCAUAUAGUGUCAUAAUGUAGGGGGCACUUGUGAGAUGUGAUUUGAGGUGUCAAAUUAGUGUAGGUCUUACUUAUGUGAUGUUUAUGAUUAAUGGAAAGCCCAGGGCUGGCUAUAAUGCUAACUACAUGCUACUGUAAUGGUCCGUUGUAUCAUUGUCUGUGCUUGAUGUACAUGAAGGACACUUAUACAGUGUUGUACCGUAGCUCUCAGCCCUGCUGUUUAAUUUGAUCUUACAUACUGUAUGUUUAUAUUCAUGCAUUUGUUUAUCCUGUAAAACAAACGUACCCCCUGUCAUGCACUGGCAAGGAUGCAGGGAACGAAGGACCCAAAUGCACAGCUCAGAGACAAAGCUUGAAUAAACUGUUCUUUAAUGGCAGUUGAAACAAGCAACGUUUCACUCAGAGUCAGACAGGCGAUGAUCAGGAACCGGCAAAGCGUUAAUCCAGGCAGAGGUACAGACAGGGAUGAAGCAAAGACGGGGUGAACAACAGGCUAAGAUCAAAACACAGCUUUACUUGAGUAUGGCAACGCUGGAGAGUCGGCACAGGUGUGUGGUCCAACAAUCUGGCAGGGAAGCAUAGCAUGACAGCGAACUAAAAUACGAGACUGACUACUGAGAGGCUACAGCUGGAGAGACACAGGACUGAACAUAAUCAAAAUAAAACAGGAAAUGGCAAAAAAAGUCCAGACUGUGACACCCCUGUUCAGGGGUGAAUGUGGCCAAUUAUUUUAUUAAUUUUUGGAGCUAGAGACUUUAUGUGUUGCGUGUUUUCUUUGACCUGUCUUCAACACUGUGAUGUCCGACACCACUGGAAAACUGCAGCAGCGUCAAAAGGCUUUAGCUUCACUCCCAGAAACAGGUUGAAUCUGUCCCUGAAACCUAGCGUCUAAUACCCAGGCGGGUCGAUAAAGCUGCUUGCUUUGCUUACCUGAGUCUUUUCUUUUAGUAGUUUGCUUCGGUUUUGGACUCAUGCUCACUUAUUUUCACUAUUGUCGCUAUGCUGGAGGAACAGUGCUACUGUGCAAACAAAGACAAGCAGCUAAUUGAAACAAUCAGCAGCGCUGUCAAUGUGCUUGACAGCGAGAGGAGCAAACCAGCUACUGUACGCGUGAAAACAGUUCCUGGUGAUGUGCACUACAUCAUAUGAUGAUCAACGGCAGUGUCAAAACAUUGUAUAUUGGCUCUACGAGUAUCGUAGAUUGCAAAGACAACAAAGCUAUCAUGUAAAUACAACAAUUAUCAUAUAUCUGGCAUCAGUACUCCACUGAGAAGUGCUCUGGGAGAGAGUGUGCUGGCGCAUGGGUCGAGCGAGCGACAACUCGUUCCUUUGUGUCUGCCACAGGACCUCCUCCCAUGGCCCUGCCGCUCUCGGCAUCCCAGAGGCUGGCCACAGCCUCCCCUCAGGGCCUGUAGACGCGCAAGAUCAGGAGGCCCAAGUAGGCGCGCAGAUCAAUCUCGUCCAUCCCUUUCCAGCGAUCCCCGAGCUUUCGCGAGCCCACCAGGUUGGUGUUCACUAGGAUGUUCCUUUCUACGGCCGAGGUCACAAACAUGCGGAUGGUCGAUUCCAAGUCGACGGCCUGAGCCGUCGCAUACUCUGUGGGUCCCAAGACAGGAUGAGGGGCAGUGGGUGCGUUUCCUGUUCCCUUUUUUUGCAAAACACUGUGGACCAUUUUAUUUUCCCAUCUUAAGAAAUAAAAGUUUCAUCAUCA